AUGAGCGGAGGUGUCUACGGGGGAGAUGAAGUUGGAGCGCUGGUUUUUGACAUAGGUUCCUUCUCAGUUCGAGCAGGGUAUGCAGGGGAGGACUGCCCCAAGGCUGACUUCCCCACUACAGUAGGGUUGCUGACACUGGAGGAGGGGGGUGGGCUGGAGCUGGAUGGAGAGAAGGAGAAGAAGGGGAAAACAUUCCACAUCGACACCAAUGCCCUGCAUGUGCCACGGGAUGGGGCUGAGGUCAUGUCACCCCUCAAGAAUGGCAUGAUUGAGGACUGGGAGUGUUUCCGGGCCAUUCUGGAUCACACUUACAGCAAACAUGUCAAAUCGGAGCCAAAUCUGCACCCUGUACUCAUGUCUGAGGCCCCGUGGAACACUCGAGCCAAAAGGGAAAAACUCACAGAGCUAAUGUUCGAACAGUACAACAUUCCCGCCUUCUUCCUGUGCAAGACAGCAGUGCUCACCGCCUUUGCAAAUGGGCGUUCAACAGGCCUGGUGCUGGACAGUGGGGCCACCCACACCACAGCCAUCCCUGUGCAUGAUGGCUAUGUCCUGCAGCAAGGCAUCGUGAAGUCGCCCCUCGCCGGGGACUUCAUCUCUAUGCAGUGCCGAGAGCUGUUUCAGGAAAUGGCCAUUGACAUCAUUCCGCCUUAUAUGAUUGCAGCAAAGGAGCCAGUCCGGGAAGGAGCUCCCCCAAACUGGAAGAAGAAGGAGAAACUACCCCAGGUCUCCAAGUCCUGGCACAAUUACAUGUGCAAUGAGGUGAUCCAGGAUUUCCAAGCUUCUGUGCUGCAGGUCUCCGAUUCUCCCUAUGAUGAGCAGGUGGCUGCACAGAUGCCCACAGUCCACUAUGAGAUGCCUAAUGGAUACAACACAGAUUAUGGGGCUGAGAGGCUCCGCAUCCCCGAGGGGCUGUUUGAUCCCUCCAAUGUCAAGGGUCUGUCAGGUAAUACCAUGCUGGGAGUUGGCCAUGUAGUGACUACCAGCAUUGGGAUGUGUGACAUAGAUAUCCGACCGGGUCUCUAUGGCAGUGUCAUUGUCACUGGAGGGAACACACUGUUACAAGGUUUUACUGACCGACUCAACCGAGAACUCUCCCAGAAAACACCCCCGAGCAUGCGGCUGAAACUCAUUGCCAGCAACAGCACCAUGGAACGGAAGUUCAGCCCCUGGAUUGGGGGUUCCAUUUUGGCCUCCCUGGGCACCUUCCAGCAGAUGUGGAUCUCCAAACAGGAGUAUGAGGAGGGAGGGAAGCAGUGUGUGGAGCGCAAGUGCCCCUGAGAUGCAGAGCCCAGAGAGGGAGAGGGAAAAGGGGGUCUGAGGAAAAAGAAUCCCAGCCUGCUUUUCCCAACUCCCCUCCCCCC